CGCCUCGGUUUGCAUCCGGGUCCUUGAGCUUCGCGCUCCGCACGCUGGUUGGGUAGCUCUGGGAUUGUUGGGUGGGAGCUGUUUCCGCAGUUUCAGCGUCUGUAGAGCGAGUGGGUCAGCAGGUUUGACUUCUUGUUCAGGAAGCUGUACAUCACAUAAUGAGGCUCGUAAUUCUUGAUAACUAUGACUUGGCUAGUGAAUGGGCAGCCAAAUACAUCUGUAAUCGCAUCAUUCAGUUCAAACCCGGAGAGGACAGAUAUUUUACAUUGGGUUUACCAACAGGGAGUACACCUUUAGGAUGUUAUAAAAAACUAAUAGAGUACCACAAGAAUGGAGACCUUUCUUUUAAAUAUGUGAAGACCUUUAAUAUGGAUGAAUAUGUAGGUCUUCCCAGAAAUCAUCCUGAAAGCUACCAUUCUUAUAUGUGGAAUAACUUUUUUAAGCAUAUUGAUAUAGAUCCUAAAAAUGCUCAUAUCCUUGAUGGGAAUGCUGCAGAUUUACAAGCAGAAUGUGAUGCAUUUGAAAAGAAAAUAAAAGAAGCUGGAGGAAUUGAUCUUUUUGUUGGAGGCAUUGGUCCAGAUGGUCAUAUCGCUUUCAACGAGCCAGGAUCCAGUUUAGUAUCAAGGACAAGAUUAAAGACUCUAGCAAUGGACACCAUUUUGGCAAAUGCCAAAUAUUUUGAUGGAGAUUUAUCGAAAGUGCCAACUAUGGCUUUAACAGUUGGUGUGGGGACAGUGAUGGAUGCAAGAGAAGUAAUGAUCCUCAUAACAGGUGCACACAAGGCAUUUGCUCUCUACAAAGCAAUAGAAGAAGGAGUAAAUCAUAUGUGGACUGUUUCAGCUUUCCAGCAGCAUCCCCGAACUAUUUUUGUGUGUGAUGAAGAUGCUACUUUAGAAUUAAGAGUUAAAACUGUGAAAUACUUUAAAGGUUUAAUGCAUGUGCACAAUAAACUUGUGGAUCCACUAUACAGUAUGAAAGAAGGAAACUGAAGGAGAUUGGAGCAAAAUACUGCUUGAAUGAACAGAAUUUUUUUAAUACAUGAAUUUUCAGCUAUGCAAUAUGAGAAAACAUGGGGAAUUUAUGAAGAUUGCCAUUUCUGAAGUCCAAUAUCUACAUGUUAAACAUUCCAUAUUUAGAACUUGUCCACUUUGUACUAAGGUUUAGGAGAAGUAGUUGGCUCUCACAGUUAAUCAGCUGUUUAUCACCAUAAAGUACAAAAGCCACACAGCCACUCCAUAAACAACAGAAAUAUGUCUGAUUAAAAAUUUAUAGAUGAAGAUUCUGUUUACCAAGUACCAUUCAUAUGACUCAAUGGCAUUCUUAGAUUUUUAUUUUUAAUCACAUGAAGACACUCCCUAGCCUUUUGGAAAUCAAAACUAUCACUGUAAACCUUUUCUUUUGGAAUGCUGUUUUAUAUUUUCUGUGCAUUAUGCACAAGCUUUCUGCACGUGGUUGCCUUAGUCAUCUUCCUGCAGUCGCAUCUGGAUGUCAAAAGUUGAUAAUGUUAGUACAGAAAAUUUGAAGAGAUGACAGUGCCUAAAAGUACACUUUAUGUCCUUUUGGAAAGUAUGUAUAGGUGCAUGAUUUUUGUGCACCACCAUCCAUGGCACUUUUUUACAAAUGUGCUCUUAUUUUUUAUUUAAUGACUUGGUUUUAUGCUUUUAAUAUAAGUAUUUUGGCAGUUACAAGCUUUAUACCUAGCAACACACCUAAGGAAAUUCUUUCGAAGAAACUUUUCCUGGUAUUUGUUAAAACUUCAUAAAUGACAAGCUUUAUUAUAUGUCUAAAAUGAUAAUAUCAAGUAUAUAUUAAAUGAAUGACUGUAAACUUUUAGAUUGCCAUAACAACUUGCAUCAUUAAAUUUCAAAUAAAAAUAUAUUUUCUAUUCUUAA